ACACACAUACACACGGCACACGCACACAGCGCAACAAAAACAUCGGGCCCCAAAAAAAAAAGACGACGGACAGAACUUCGUCGUGAAUUGUAAAAUACAAAAAAAAACGCAUUCGAACGCGCUGUUUUUUUUUUUUUUACGUGUAACUACGCAAAAAAAAAGGGCACAAGGAAUUAAGCAGCAAAAAAGAAGAAGAACGGCGCAGCAGCAACAACAACAGCAACGCCGCAUAUUUGUAUGUACGUGCAAGUGCAAGGCAAACAUAAACAACGGUGUAUGUGUGCGUUUUGCCAUAUUAUAGUGAUCACUCGAAAGGCAAACACCAAAAAAGUUAGUUUGAAACAAAACCACACACAGUUAACUUCGUGUUCACAAAUUUUAUAAAAAAAAAAAAAUAAGCCAAAAAAAAAAGGAUUAAACAAAAAGAAACAAAAAAGAAGGAGCUGAAUGCUAACCGGUAAAGAUAGCGGUAAACUGCGAGGGAGAAGGACAACGGCAACAACAACAACUAGUGCAGAGGGGCCAAAAAGCAAAAACAGCAAAGUGCAUCUUCUCCCUUCUCCUCCACAUCUUCCCGAUUUACGGUUAUAAUGGACACCAUCUGUAGAUUGUGCUUCCAAACGGCAACGUUAUUCCAAGUGCCAGGCUAUAGCAUACCCACGUGCGUCCGCUGCUCGGAGCAGUUGACAAAUAAUUCCAACUUCCAUCAGUCGGCGGCAGCCGCUGCCGCCGUUGCUGCCUCUGCCUCGGCCGCAGUCGCCGCUUCUGCAGCAGCAGCGGCCACCUCCUCAUCGACGGCAUCCUCCAGCGACAGCGACGCCAUCGCGCAGCAGCAUCAGAAUCCGCAGCAGCAACAGCAGCAGCAGCAUCAGAACUCGCAACAGCAGCAGCAGCAACAGCAAAUGCAAUCAUCCAGUUCUUCCGAGAACCUUCAGUCGCAGGACGACUCCGAAGACGUGGAUCUAAUAUUCAACGAGGAGGGCUCCUGCCCGCUAUGCAACAAAACUUUCUCGCGCAAAUCCUCGCUCAUGACGCACAUACGGAAUCACUCGGCGGAGCGUAAGUUUGUGUGCACCUACUGCCACAAAGGUUUCACGCAGGCGGCCAACUUGCGGAACCACGAACGCAUCCACACGAACGAUAGGCCAUAUCAGUGCGUGGACUGUGGCAAGACAUUCACGCAGAUCACCAAUCUUAACAAUCACCGCAGGCUGCACACCGGUGAAAGGCCCUUCGUUUGCAAUGAACCGGAGUGCGGUCGCAGUUUCGCCCAGGUGACGAACCUAAACAACCACAUGAAGUCGCACCACAAGGUACAGCAGUACUGUUGCAAUGUGUGCAAUAAGAAGUUCACGCAGGUGACCUCGCUGAAUCAGCAUUUGCAGGCGCACGCCGGGGUCACUGGCUAUUACUGUCCCCGUUGUCCGGAUAAAAACUUCAAGCUGCAAUCGCAGCUGCACACGCACAUGAAGACCCACGGACUGGCCUUUCCGUAUGAAUGCGAUAAGUGUGACGAGAAGUUCCUGCAGCAGGCGCACCUCGAUCAGCACCUCAAGAUGCACGAUGAGUUUAAGUUCAAGUGCGAUAUCUGCCCGAGCAGCUUUAAUCAGGAAUCGCUGCUAAAGAAGCACGUACAGCGCCAUGUUGAGGGGCGCUACCUCUCCUGUCCGGUAGCCAAUUGCACCGAGUCAUUUGCGGUGCGCCAGCACCUGUCCAAGCACCUGCUCACCAAUCAUGCCCACCAUGAACUGCCGCCACCCAAGCGAUCCAAAAAAUCACUACAGUCGUCACAACAGCCGCUAGCAAUGAUCGGUCAGCCAUUGUCCCUGCAACACACGACGGGGCAGCGUGGACGUCCACCGAAGAACAAGAACAAGGCGGCAGCUCUAGCCGCCACGGCCAUCAAGAUCGAGAUCAACGAACCGCUUCACAGCCAGCAUAUCAGCAAUGUCAGUGGCCUGUCCAUUCAGCAGCAGAUCAAUCAGCACAUGCAGCAGCAGGCGGCACAGCAGCAGGCGCAGCAACAGGCGCAACAGCAACAGGCGCAACAGCAGCAGCAACUACUCCACCUGCCGAUGGGUCAGGCGGUCAAGGCGCGCUUCAUACCCACUAAGUAGGUUAGUUAAGGAUGGAAAGGUCUCUCUUAGCUUAAGUCCCGAUCGAUCAGCUGCUAAAUUCCCUGAUUAGCAUAGCCAUAGCCAAAGUAGCAUCACACCCAACAUACACACACAUACAUACACUCUUGCGAAAUAUGAUAUCUGCGGAUGGUUCUGGAAUCUCUAGAAGAGAUCUCCAAAUAUUUUUUGCGUUGCUGAAAUGAUUAACAACAUAUAUUUCGUAAAUCCGAGGCUCGGUGGGCCAUUAGUGAACAGAUUUUUUUUCUAGUACCAUUUUAGUAAGCUUAUUAGCAAAAACUUAAACGUCGUGCUAUUACCUGAAAUGUUUGUUUAAAUGGUCGUAAAUGCUUUCCGAUUUCUUGACGACCAAAUCGGGAACAUUUAGAUAGAGAGUCAAUGCGAAGAUCAUAUUUUCUAGAUUUAUUAGUUUGUUCGCAAUGUCAAAGUUAACAAAAUCUUUUUUUUUCUUUUUUUUUAGUAUAACAAAAGUUUUAGAUGAAUUCGGCAUCUUUGUUAGGCAAUCGUUGGUAAAAAUUUCAUUUUUUCAAACAUUUCGGAUAGUACCAUGACAGGAAAUACAAUAUUGCUUCGGGUAGUGUUUAAAUUAAAUCUUUCUGUUACCAUUGGUUUAUAGAACAGAAUCAUUUCGAGAAUUCAAAGAAAUUAUGGAAAGGAGUAUCAGAUUUUGGCACAAGAAAAUAAUUUUUAAUUCAGCAUAGAGAUUUUCAGGACAUCCCGAAUUUAGAGUCGGCGGCAAGCUGCUGGUUCAGUUUGAUGUCAGUCUUCUUUUUUUUUUCCUGUUUAAAGAUUUUCCAACCAAAGCAAUAGCCAAAUCAAAUGUCCCCUUAAAUAAAUUUUAAAAAUGAAACAGCUAUGUAUAACAUCUAUAAAAUCGAAGAGCAGCACCAGAUUAUGACAGACAAAAUUCACAACUGAUGACUUAAAAAAUUAUGCACAUAAACAACAACCACAUCUAUAUAUACAUUUAUUAUAUAUAUAUAUAUAUAUAUAUAAACAUGAAUUCAGGUUGAGAAAUCUGUAACUUAAAUCGAAUUAAAAUUUUAAUGUAAUGCAAAAAAGGCACAGCGAAACGGAAAAUAAAAUGUUGAAAAAUCAGAAAUGCAAAUACAAAUUACCUACAAUUAAAUAUAAUAUUAUGCAUAGUGAAAAGCAACAAAAACAAGAAGUAACGAAAAAUUCGAUUAAAUUUGGUAUGUAUUUAUGUUUAAGCAUUAGCUUAAGUGUUUUUAUUUUUUUUUAAUAAACCAUUAUAAAAAAUCAACCUAAGGAAAGGAAACAAAGUUAAGAAUAUAA